GUCUUAAAUAAAAAUUAAACACUUAAGAAGAUAGUUAACUUUCUAAAACUAUGUCUGACUAUGACCACGCCCGUAUUAAGAAAUUAGUCUUGAAGGGCGAAAAGCACAAAAAAAGCAAAAAACGCAAGAAGGAAAAAGAUGAGGCAGGAUCUUCCAAGAAACCGAAGGUGUUGGUGGACGAGGAUGCAGUGGAGCAUGGGGGCUGGUGGACAGCAAAAACUGCUGCCGAUAUUACAGGAACAGUGUCCAUUGAGUUCGGCGAUCGUUGCUACCUGAAAGCCAUGGAUAAUGGUCUGUUUACUUUGGGAGCACCACAUAAUGCUGGAGAUGGCCCAGAUCCAGAGGAGAUAUUCACCGCCUUUCCCAUUAACGACCGAAAAGUAGCCUUCAAAUCUGGAUAUGGAAAAUAUUUGAAAAUUGAAAAAGAUGGUAUGGUAACAGGUCGAUCUGAAGCGGUGGGCAGUAUGGAGCAGUGGGAGCCAGUUUUUGAGGAAAAGCGAAUGGCCCUGUUAUCCGAAACCGGACACUUUAUGUCCAUCGAUCCUGAAGACGAUGCCUGUGUGGCACUGCGAAAAAAGGUCGGCCAAUAUGAAAUCUGUAAAGUGCGAAGUAAUGCAACCAGGGAUGUUGUCAUCGACACGGAGCCCAAGGAAGAGAAAGGAGACUUGGGUGAAGUGGAAAAGAAUUAUGUGAAAAAGUUCCAAAAGUUCCAAGACAAGAAAAUGCGGAUUAAUCAAAACGACAUAAAGGAACUUGAAGAUGCCAAAGCUCAGGGAUCCCUCCACGAAACUCUUUUGGACAGACGCAGUAAAAUGAAGGCAGAUCGGUAUUGCAAGUAAUUUAAAUUAGUGUUCAAUCAUUAAAGUUUUAAGCUAAAAAAAAUUGUUUGUUUUGGUUUGACUAUUGAGAGCGUUACAAAUACAAAUUGUCUU